AUGCACCGCAAUUCGCUCGUUCAAUUGGCCUUCGGUCUGACUUCUGCGGCUCUGGUCUCUGCUACCAACGAUCCUAAUUUUAACCCUUCGCUGAACUUCCGAUCGGACAAUGUCACUUCUAAUGGACUGUAUGAUUGGGUUGGAUCCGUGAAGCCAUUCUCAGGGGUCUCGAAACAGGAAAUAGGUUUAGCUGAAGGCAGCUCGUGCCCAAACUUGGAAGGCAAGGAGGUCAAGGCUCAUUAUGAUUCCAUCCUUGCUCUCACCGAACGAAGUAGUCAAAACGCCGGCAAUAACUCCCUGAAUGCCUUUUAUACCCUCUGGGAUGAAGGCUUCGAUUUCUCAACUUUGAAAAGCAAUGAAACGAUCGCCGACUACCCCUGGGGCUAUGGACUAUUCUCUUCUGACCCUGCAAUUGCUCACAAUGAGACGAAUAUCCAAGAACUGUUCAAUUUGACCGUGGGGAAGACCGAAGAAGCACCAUACAACCUUUCAGGCUCACUUGGCGAUUCUUAUUACAACGGCUCGGACUUCGCUGGCAAGAAGACCAUAAUUUACAACAUGACGACUUGCAAUGGUACAAAGGACAUGUCAUGGGAUGGCGUGCUCCUGAACAAAAAGAUCUGGAGUGAAUACAACUCAAAUGUUACCUAUCCAAAUCCAUCUUUCGAUGUACAAUUCGACGACGAAACUGCCAAUCUCACUUUGUCCGGGUACAUCAUGUCCUAUCCAUCAUGUGGAAAAAAGGCCACAUUUUGCGAGACAGACGUGAUGAUCUUUGCAGAAAUUGAAAUCAAGUUUUCGGGUACUAUUGAUACUUAUCAUUCGGAUGAGCUGGAGACGAAUGGCUCGACGCCGAAGUGGGAGAGGACUGUUGGCUUUGGAAAUGGCACUCAAAUUACUAAGAGCAACGGAUCGAGCCGCCAGGAACACUAUGGCGUGCUAUCGCUUCUAGCCUCUGCGUUUGCGCUAUCGGUCACUUCUCUUUACAUUUAG